CGCUUUGGCUGCGCUCAGUCUUCCUCGUUGUGCAUCGAUGAAGUUGUUACAAAGAUGGCGGACUUCCUGCCGUCCCGCUCUGUUUUAUCUGUCUGUUUCCCUAACUGUCUCCUCACUAGCGGCGAAGCAGAGCAGUUGCGGAAAUCUAAAGAGAUAGAUAAGUGUCUUAUUCGAGAUAAGACGUACGUGAAAAGGCUCGUUAAAAUCCUAUUACUUGGAGCAGGCGAGAGUGGCAAGUCUACGUUCCUAAAGCAGAUGCGCAUAAUCCAUGGGCAGGACUUCGAUCAGAGGGCCAAAGAAGAAUUCAGAGCCACUAUUUAUAGCAAUGUUAUUAAAGGUAUUCGAGUCUUAGUGGAUGCUCGAGAGAAGCUUCACAUCCCAUGGGGCAACUUGUCCAAUCAGCGUCAUGGAGAUAUGUUGAUGGCAUUUGACACCCGGUCUAUGAUGGCCCACGGCCAUGGUAUGGUGCAGCCCAAAGUUUUCCAGCACUACCUACCAUCCAUUCGGAUCUUGUGGACUGACCAGGGAAUCCAGAAUGCCUAUGACCGUCGCAGAGAAUUCCAAUUGGGGGAGUCAGUCAGGUAUUUCCUGGACAAUUUGGAAAAGCUUGGACAGUCGGACUACCUCCCCAGCCAGCAGGACAUCCUCUUGGCCCGAAAGCCCACCAAGGGCAUCCACGAGUAUGACUUUGAGAUUAAGAAUGUGCCUUUCAAAAUGGUGGAUGUAGGCGGUCAACGUUCAGAGAGGCGGCGCUGGUUUGAAUGCUUCGACUCAGUUACUUCCAUUCUUUUCCUUGUCUCCUCCUCUGAAUAUGAUCAGGUUUUGAUGGAAGACCGGCAAACCAAUCGACUGAGUGAGUCCCUCAACAUCUUCGAGACCAUCGUCAACAACCGAGUGUUCAACAACGUCUCCAUCAUCUUGUUCUUGAACAAGACGGACCUGCUGGAGGAAAAGGUCAACCAGGUAUCCAUCAAAGACUACUUUUCUGAGUUCUCCGGCGACCCCAAAAGACUGGCUGAUGUCCAGGUCUUCUUGGUGGAGUGUUUCCGCAAAAAGCGGCGAGAGCACCAGCAGAAGCCGCUGUACCAUCAUUUCACCACCGCUAUCAACACUGAGAACAUCCGCCUGGUGUUCCGCGAUGUUAAGGACACCAUCCUGCAUGACAACCUCAAGCAGCUGAUGCUCCAGUGAGAGGAUGAGGAAAAGAAGGGGGUGGAGGAGGAGAGACAGGUGUACGAAGACAGAUUUGGGGUUUUAAGGUGCCCAUCAGCCCAUCUACCCCCACCCCGUCUUAUAGACUACGAAUUGAAACCACUAUUACUACCAACAUUCCCCCCUUGACUUUCUCCUUGCCUUAAUCAGCAUAUUCACUUUGAUGUCGAAUAGCUGCCAUUGGCCAACACAUACCCUUCAAACCACUGUAAAUGACCAAUCCCCACUCACAGGUAGAUGGCCCUCCUUACUUCUUUAUGAGUCGCGCAAAAUCUCACAUGGUGCUUUUCCCCCCGAUGCUGCUUUGAGCACUGUUGAAAGGGACUGAAAUGCCUUGUUUAUAAUUGGUGUUGCUAUAUAGACUGCCAAAGGGCGUCUGCCCCCCGGUCUCGCUUGCCUUUUCAAAAACCACAUUUUUUCCAUGAUGCAUUUUUUAUCUGCUCUCAGACAGCACUUGAUUACAUCAUAGGGGCUGGCCUGACGAUUUUUAUUGAACGGGAAAGAAGAGCCCCUCCCACACACACACACAGUGUCAAUGUCAUCUGUAGCGUAGUUUCUAAUGUCCUUUUCCUAACACCCCGUACAAUAUAUACUGUAUGUACCUAUGGAUUUUUUUCGUUAACUUAUAUUUUAUAGGGUUUACACUUUAAUUUGUAACUGCUGUUGGACUGUAUUUAAUCACUUCUGUGGGGUGGGGGCGCUGUUGAAACCGAGCAGACACAACCACUUGUCAUACUGUCCAGUGCCGAUUUGCUGUUUCUCAGGGCACUUUGUAAUUCUGAUUUGAAGCCAACCAUCUCUUAUGCCUCCAUUUCACAGAAGUCGUUUUUCCUUGCCUAAACCUGUCAAAUGAUCCCUUAUAUGUCCAGCCUUUACAUUCACCCCUGUAAUCAAGAUGCAUCGAGAUAGCCAGCCACUCAUUCACUGCCAGCCUUCCAAGUUAACAUGGAUAUUUGACUUCUAAAGUCGUCAAUGGCAGUGAAUGUCUUAAUAUGCAAAUCAGCAAGCAUGUCUCAUAUCAUGCAAUGAGAUAUUGGUUAGUAGUUUUUUUAGGGACCAAUGUGACAUGAAAUGUACUCUGUAAAAACUCAAAAUCUUACUAAGAAUAUUAGUUUUAUUUCUAGUCAAAACUAAUCUGAUUACACUUAAAAUUAUAGUGAAAACUAUUCUGAUUACACUCAAAAUAAGACUCAUAAUGUAACUUGUUUGUUGACAAUUUUCACUUGUCAAAAAAAUUUAUACUUGCAACAAGUAGAAAAAAUGUUUUUUUCUUAUUGCAAUUUUGCUUGAAAAAAGUGAACAUUUCAAUCUUAUUUUAAGUGUAAUCAGAUCAAUUUUGCUUAGAAAUUAGACAAAUAUUUUUGGUAAGCUCUUGAAUUUUUUAAGUGUAAGGACCAACAACCCCCUUUUCCGGGUUGUCUAUACUAUACAAAGGUAAACGGCUUUUUCUUCUUCUAUGGCCUUAAACGAGUGAAGAGGAGGGGAAAGCUAGAUGUGGGACCAAAGUGACCCUGUAUGAAUAUAAAGUAUCCGUAUCAAAUGUUAACACACAGGGGAGUCUCCAGUGUGUGUCAAUUUGUAAUAAAGUGGAACUGCCCAAAUCAAACACAAUCCAUUCGGGACACUGGUUGAUUUCUAAUUUGUUCCAAGAUCAAAAAUAUUUCUUGAUUAAACUUGAUGUACCAUCCAGCCCAAGUGAAACGACCACCAUCAUAUAACCUCACAUUAGCCAUAUUGUAUCAGCAAGAACAGAGACCUGUGUACCACUUUUGCUGCUCGUACAGUACUGCUAUGUGGUAUUACCUGUUCUAUAGUCAACACCACACUUUUCCUCUUUGCCAUCACUGGUACACUUCUGCGGUGGCAUCACAGAAAAGCCCAAGGUAAAAAUAAAAACCCAGAAUUUGUCAUUCCUGACUGAAAUGAACUCUUGCGUGAUGAUUUUCCCAAACAUUUUGGUUUAUUUUGAAAUUUAGUGGUUCCACUGUGGUUGGUUAGGGCUCUGAGUUAAACUAUUGAUGUGAUCAAGAGACUAUAAUGUAUUAUUUUUCACCUUGGGUAAACCAGUCAGUAAUGUCAGUUUGCACUCCAGAGCAAAACAUGAAUCCAAUCCCUGCAUGAAUAUUAGCUGUGAUGUUUGUAAACAUACAAUGUACAAGAUGCCGCUUGAUUGUAUUGGUACUGAGAAUUAAGGUCACGUAAUCUUGUUAAAAAAAAAUGUAGUCAAAUUCUAAAAGGUUGGCAUUUAUUUUUUUGUCUGAUCAUUUUUGUUCCCUUCCAUGCAUCCUAAGUUGCAAACAAAGGCUUAAAGCCAGGAUGUAUGCUACGAAUGAGCGUCUUAUCAGUUUGAUAAUUAAUCUUUUUCUUGUCUCACAACCUACUUUUCUAAAUGUCCAUGCAACCAUCCACAUUGUAAAUGUUUGUUUUGUCAUGUCUUAACAAAACUUGACAUUUGAAGUUUUUAGGUGCCACUUGAUGAUGAUGAUGAGUCAUUAAAUAGGAGCUCCAGGUAAUAUUAGGAUUUUAAUUGCCAUUUCUUAUAUUUCAAUGUGAUCGGAGAGACGCUUCAACUGUUUUUACUGUUGAAAGUUGUAUCAUCCCACUUCAGAGUUUUUUUUUUUUUUAACUUAUAUUUCACAUCUACACAUCACCAAAUGUGGCUGCAAGUUGUCAAGAAACUCCAAAUCAUAUAUGCGUUACAUGUGAAAGAUUUUAUUACAAGUUACAUUAUUUAGAAUUCAGGGAUCCACUUUUGUCCAUUCCAUUUUUUUCUAUUGAGCAGUUGUUGUUUUCCAAUGCAGGUUAGCUUCAGUACAAAAUUAUGUUGGUUUCAACCAGAGCUUCCAUGAGAAAAAACAUACAAAAAAUAAGGCAAAUAGUGUGGUGGACUGUCCCGCUUGACACAAUUCAAAUUCAAAAUGUUUCGAGGCCAGAAAUGAAACAGAAUUUGUAAGCAACUGGCUCAGAUGUCUAAAAAGCCAGAUGUAUAGUUUGUUUGUAUUGCUUGUUACGGCUGUCAGUAUUUAUUGGAAUGUUAUCAUUGGUUAAAAUUUUGCAGGAUUUGAAAUGAAAUGUAAACUCCCACACAUUUACAUUUCUUAAAAUGAAGGAACUACUUAAAAACGAGUAAUAAAAACUAAGAAAGGCCAUUUAA